GCUUUUACAGUAACAUAAACGAUGACCAUGCCUUAUUUAUAAUACUUAAAUGGUUGAAGUUUACUCAGACAUAACUAAAGUAGCGCUCCGCCAGUCAACAUGAUUUCCAUUCACGCAUUGAUAAUUUUUUUUAAAUUCAUUGCUUACUUGUUUACUUUAACCGUGUUUUUAAUUGUAACGUUAAAACUCUGGUUGGAACCGAAAGCGGGAGUGUGUAGAUGUAAGACGAAACUGCACGGCAAAACAGCUCUAGUGACCGGCGGCAAUUCCGGUAUAGGAUUGGAAACAGCAAGAGACUUAGCUGGAAGAGGUGCAAGAGUGAUUAUCGCUUGCAGGAACGAAGAGAAAUCAAAACAAGCCGUAGCAGAUAUAAUCGCCACAACUGGGAAUAAUAAUGUCGAGUACAGACAUCUGAAUCUUUGCAAGUUUAGUAGUGUCAGAGAAUUUGCUGAUGAUUUCAAUAAGACUGAGGACCGUUUGGAUUUCUUGGUUAAUAAUGCGGGUUGCGCCGGUCUUCCAUUGAAAAUUUCCGACGAUGGUUUUGACUUAGUAUUGCAAACGAAUCACUUUGGACCAUUUCUUCUAACUAAUUUAUUAAUGGACAAAUUAAUAGCAUCAAAGCCAAGUCGCAUCGUUAUUGUUUCAUCGUUUUUGCAUAAUUUUGGACGAUUGGACAUUAACGAUCUAGGUGAGGUGAACAUGAAAGGAAGAUAUUUUAACAAAUAUUCGAAUAGCAAAUUAUGUAACCUCCUUUGGACGAAAGCGCUCGCGAAAAGACUACCGAAUGAGGUAACUGUUAACGCUUUGCAUCCAGGAUUUGUAAGGACGGAUAUAUUUAAAAGACUACAUCCUUUUGUACAAAAGUUUAUACGUUUUAUAACGACUUUGAUGUUCAAGGAUUCUAAAGAAGGAGCUCAGACAAGUAUACAUCUAUGUGUUUGUCCAGAACUUAGUGAGAUCAGUGGUGAAUAUUUUAAGGACUGUAAAAUACAUUCGUACCACAAGCUGUGUAAAGACGAUGUGUUUGUUGAUAAGUUUUGGGAAAAGUGUGUAUCACUUACUGCUAAAAAGUAAUCCGUCACAAUUUGAUCAUUGACUAUUGUUGAUCCUAAAACAUCCUAUCCUACAUCCUAAAACACAAUUAGACCUACCCUAUUUUCCCUUAACCCCUAUAAACAACUUCUAUCAUUUCUACACAAUAUUGAA